CUUGCCUCCAAUGACAUCACCGUGUUCAAAUAAUGACUUGAAAUGCUAUUGUGUAAGUAAAUUUUAGCAUUUUAACCACAUACAUGGUAAUGAAAGUUUCACUGGGUAUAAUUCCAGAGAUACCCAAUUAUAAAAAAAAAAAUUCUAAACCACUGUGUAUUAUAAUAAAAAUGUUUGCUGGGUAAACCAAAAUUAUUUUAAUUGGUUAUUUUUUAAAAUAUUUAGUGUCUGGAUAAAUUAAUACGAUUCAUAAGUGCUGUGAUAUGAAUUUUUGCCUAAAUACGAUAACGUUUAACCCUCCUAUCCACGCGCACAUUCUAAGAGAAAUUAUAUAAGAUUCGUCAUUUGUUCAAAAUAGAAAGUAGCUUAUCUUCAUAAUUGAUUUAAUUGGAAAAUUGUAAUGUUCAGACAGAGAUAUUUUUUGUGUUAAAAAUAUUAACCUACGUUACAAAGAAGAUUCAGUCCCAUUGUGUUCUUUAAAAAAUCGAAAGAUUUCGGUUGGCGUUUAUCGUACAUACAUACAUAUGUAACAGACACAGUUGUACAUUUUAAUCUAAAGCCCUCAUACUAUCUAUUUACUUAUGCUUUUAAAUUAAAACAACUAAGAGUGUAUUGUUGAGCAUUGCCGACCAUAUUAUACGCUACAACAGUGAGUAUGCUAAAAAUGUGUACUAUUUUUAAUAUGAGUAUUUCACCUUAGUUCAGAAAUAUUUAAAAAAUUUGUGACCAAAAACGAGAGAUUAUUUGGGGGCAAGGGUAAAUAGUGGCAUAUCAUUAUACAUUUUGAUUGAGUGAUUUACUUUUACAUGAAAGUUAUUUAUGCAGAAUUUCAUCGUGAUACUAUUGUUUAUAAGUGAUUUAUUGACCUUCUAGUCAUUUUCUGAAGUGGACUUUGUAUGGGGUCUAGGGUUAAAUGAGGACCGAUCAUAACGAAGAUUGGCAGUAUCAUUUACACGUACUUAUAUAAAACAUAAUUAUUAGCUCAAAAGUCCUAUUCUGGGGGUACGUUUGUAGAAGGGCUAGGUGAACAAAUGGAGGGUCAGACCAGAUUCUGAGUCGAUUGGUAUACUUUAAAAUGGGUGUAGGACUAACAAACAUCAGCAUAAACUAUCUUCCCACUAUAGUGGUGUAGGGUAUAAAAAGCUUUUUUUCAAUACGUUUGUAAACGUUUUCGACAACGGAACAAAUCACACAAUUCGCAGUUUUAAAAGCAAAACAAAACGAAUAUUCUAAAUAGAGAGUAAUUUUACUCAGUUGUAUACCUGAGUCAAGUGUGUGAACAUUAAGUUUUAUUUUGCUUCAAAUUAUUCGAACAAUUCAUAAAUUUUUUAUAUAUAUUUAAAAUCUAGAUUUAUUCUUUUGUAAUUGUUUUGUUACUACAAUUAUGGUCAAUAAUCCGAAAUCGCCAGCAAAUGUUGUUGGCAUACCAUCAUGGAUUGAGGCUUCAUUAUUUGAAACAGUUUUCAAAGAAAUAGAACCUCAAUUUAAUCAAACAAAGGAUUUUAAGGUUAAACGUGCAUUGAGUGCUGGUGAAAAUUUUGCCACUAUUAUGCUGCGAUUGGAAGCUGAUAUUGAACUAAAGGAUGGCUCUUCAAAGACCAUUACUCUAAUGUUAAAGACGGCUCAUAACAAUGAAAUGUUUCUUGAAAUGAUGAAAAGUCAUAAUAUCUUUGAUGCUGAAGCUACAAUGUACCGUGAGAUAGUACCAGAACUAGAACAAAUGUAUAAAGAUAUUGGAGUGGAGGUGAGAUUUGGUGCCAAAUCCUACGAACUCUCCAUCGAUCAACCUUACAUACUCUUAGAGGAUUUGAAACCCAAAGGUUUUAUAAAUAUCAAUCGUCUGGAAGGUUUAGACAUGGAACAUACACAUUCUGUACUUAAAAAGCUGGCACAAUGGCAUGCAGCUUCAGCGGUACGAGUCGCUCGCAAGGGCGCUUAUAAUAAAAUUAUCAGUGAAGCUUUCUUUAAGGAAGAAACUCGUGAAAUGAUGAAAACCAUAUUUGGAAGUAUGCAUAGAGUACAUUUGGAUUGUAUUAAGUCCUUUGACGGACACGAAUUAUACUACGAACGUAUGUGUGAACAAAUAAAUUGCAGAACAGAUGAAAUGUAUGAUGGCGCCAAAGUGGAUUUAAGUGAAUUUAAUGUUUUAAAUCAUGGUGAUUGUUGGUCCAACAAUGUCAUGUUUAGGCACGAUGCCUUUGGUAAUAUAAAAGAAACCUAUUUAGUUGACUUACAAGUACCACGUUAUGGAUCUCCAGCUCAGGAUUUGUACUAUUUCCUAUUAUCGUCUACAAAAUAUGAAUUGAAAAUUAAACAUUUUGAUUAUUUUAUCAAGUACUAUCACAGUGAGCUGUUAAAACAUCUUAAAUUAUUGAAUUAUUCCAAAAAGAUGCCCAGUUUAAAAGAUAUACAUAUUAGUUUACAUAAACAUAAUUCAUGGGCUUUAUCUACAGUAAUUGGUGUUAUGGCUGCAGUGCUUUUGGAACCCAAUGAUAAUGCAAAUAUUGACAACUUUAUUGGUGAGGAUGAUGCUGGCAUACAAUUAAAAAUCCAAAUGUAUUCAAAUGCUCGUUAUCGUAAACAUAGUGAAUUGAUUUUACCUUGGCUGUACAAUCGUGGAGCUAUAUAGAAAUACUUACUAAAUAUUAAUGACUGUACUUACUUCUUUAUAUACAUAUGUAUGUAUAUUAUAGUGUGUUAUUGUAUAUAAAUAUGUAGAUAAAUUCUAUUUGCUAAGUAAA